UAUAGGCUGGUCUCGAGAAACAACUGUGAUAUUGCCCUUUUUCUGUUAUGACAAAGAUGAAAAAGAAGUUUCACAAAUCUGAAACUGGGUUUACAACAAUCAGCCUAUUUGACAAGUGGUAGCCUAUAAUACACUGGGCAAUACAGAAUAUGGAAGAGACUUUUUCACCCACAACUCACAUGUCGAAAGUACAAAUUGGAAGCCAACUUCGGCUGGAAAAAAACGUCCGCCUAGGUUGCAUUUACUCACAGGACCUCCACAGACUUCCAUGCGUUGUCAAACUGUAUACUGCACCUCGGUCCACUUUCCUUGGUAAACCAGACUGGGAAAAAAUCACCAGAAAUGACCGGAGAGCAUCUGAAAGUCACUGAGACCUAGCUGAAAAGAUAUUUACCUCGGUCACAACCGGUUUAUGGUUAUUUGGUCCUCAGAAACAGAGUCAGAUCAGACCCCGUAAAGGGUUUAGUGGACAGGUGGCCAGACUUCAAUGUCAUAGUCUGCAAACCACAAUAUGAACAGAAGGGUGAUCUCUUCAAAGACACACUGGUUUUUGCAAAUGAUGAAGCUAUUCUGGAGGAAACCAUAAGGAAGUCCUCUGUUAUUGAUUGGACCAGGUACCUUUGUCUUGGAAUCAGCCUUCGCCACAUGGAUAUAUUCAAAGACGUGCCCAGCAGCAAAGUGGCAGUGUGUCACAGGAUGAUACUUCAGGAUGUAUGCAACCUUCCCUCUAUAGACAGCUCAGGGAUCUCACUAAGCUCUCUGGAUGAAUCACACAUUGGCUUGGUGAAUCAGACAUGGAAGUUUGAAAAGAACGAGGAGGCUGUCGGGAUGAUCUGGAACAUGCUCGCAAACUUCCCCUCCUGCUGCGUGCUGGAUGCAGAGGGAAAGCCGUCCUGGAUCCUGACCUAUGGGUCGUGUGCCAUGGGGAUGCUGUACACUCUGCCAGAGCACAGAGGACAAGGCUAUGCCAAAGUGCUGGUCAGCACCAUGGCCAAGAGACUCCAUGCUGAGGGCUACCCAGUGUACUGCUUCAUAGAGGAGGAGAACGUGGUCUCCUACAGGCUCUUUAAAAACCUGGGCUUCAUUGAGGAUCCCUCAUACAGGGCAUCAUGGUUUGGAUUCAAUAAUUUUUAA